GUAAACAAACUGCACUGAACCGCACAACUUCUUUGAUUAUACACUUGCUCAACUCGUUUCCAUAAUCAUUUCCAUUUGGAAUUAGCAUGAACAGCGAUUCGAAGCAAGUAAAUACAGCAACGGACAGUCACCACAUUCGCUACCGGUAUUGCCAAAAUCGUCCACUGUAUCGCCGCUCUCGCCAGCUAACUGCCGUGCGUGUUUACUCCGUAGCGAACGAAUCGCGCCAUUUGCUCGUUUUCGGUGUUCCCCAAAUUAAUCUGCUUCGUGAGCUACGGCAGGAGUUCGUUCGGUUCGGUGCAUUGGAAUCGAUCUGCAAUAUUACCGACACCUGGCAUCGGGAACAUGCAGAUUCGGACGAGCUAUUGCUGGAACCGUUCACCGAUGUGUUUCAUGUGUGCUUCGCGAAGCUAGAGAAAGCCCGGCAAGCGAAGAAAUUGCUCGAUGCACGUAACUUUUACGGUGGCAUACUGCACAUUUCGUACGCUCCGGAACGAGAAAGUGUGGAGGAAGUAAGGGCCAAACUGAGCCAACGGCGAGCGGAGGUACGGUAUCGUACGAAACUGGAAGCUCAACAGCAUCGUCAACCACGGAAACCAUCAUCAUCCCGUCCUGGUGUUGGUGUGGAGCAAGGGAUAGCUCCAAACCAACCCGCUACGAAGACUACUAAGAAAGGACGUGAAAGCAACACACGGUGGAAGUAGUAGUAGUUGUGUGGACUUGUCAGGACAUUAUCCAUUAUCAUUUUUAAGUGGCGGUCAUUGCUGUGCGUCGAUACCCGGUGGAACGUAUUGUGUGAUUAGAGCCAGAAAAUGAUCAUACCUAAAGAGGUGCAGUGUCGAACCUGUCUGCAGGUGUUCUGCUGCGCCAAGUGCCGGCAGAAGCACGAAGAUGGAUACCACCAGGAGGACGCCAUGUUACGCAAAAUUUGCUACAUCUGUAACGAUAGGCCGUUCCCGCUGCGGAGGGACACUAAAAUUACCCCUAACAAUUUGCUUAUCGUGCACAUACUAAAGGAACAUCUGCCACUGGAAUGCAAUCGAUGUAGGAAGAUUUUCUACUCGCUAGAAGACUUUCAGAAAACAAACAAAUGCUUCAUGUUCUGCGUGGACGACUCCCAACAGGAAGGUGAAUGCCAUCUCGAACGAAGUCAAUCGGUCGCGCCAGCACCAUUGCCAACGAUUGACGAUGAAAACAAAGAGAACAGCCCCGCCGAGCAGACCACCGAUCGUGUGGAUGUUGCUCCAGUUCGUGCACGAAGAAAAAGCAGCCUUAUAUCAGGCGACAUGGCACCGUUCGCCGAGACGGACAAUAAAAUUGACGAAGUGGACGAAGCACUGCUGACACCGUUGACGAAGAUAAACCUGCGCUGGAAGCGAAAGAGUCGGCAAAGCUUCGAAAGUAUGCUCUCGAUGUCGAACAGCGCGUCGGAUGCGUCGGGGAUGCUUCGGAUGGAUGGUGGCGGUGGUGGACCCGGCCAGCGAAAGCUGGUUCGAACCACCUCAACACCGAUGUACCAGUGGCAGCUGAUGCCAACCGGGCCAAAGCAACCGAACGAAUCGUACUCCGCCACGAUGGGCCAAAUGUCGAGCAUACACUGUAGCAGUGGCAGUGAAACGGACAGCCGUACGGAAGAUCUCGCUGGGUCGCCUCAGCCGGUACCGAACGAGCUGGACAAGGUGCGUGCCAUCAUUCGCAAUCGCUCGAAAGCGGUCGCCACACCACUGCGGCAGGUAAUGUCGAAGAGCAUACAGCGAGCCAUUGCACAGCAUACCGGGGUGGGCAGCGUGUACUCGAAGAUGCUUCAACCCGGCACACAGCGCAAGAUGAGCUUCAACUCAACGAUGAGCAGCGGCAUGAACAGUAUGCUAGUAUCGCCGGCAAAAGAUCCACUGGAUCUGCGUACCACGCCGGCCCUAAAGCGUACCGGGAACCGAACAUCGACACGAUCGUUUCAAGCCGAACGGAUGGUACGUUCGGGCGAUCCGGGUCGGGAAACGGUUCAGCUAGCGGCGAUGGGUGAACCAGGGCAAACCAAAGCCGCCCAAAAUCAAAACUCGACCGAAGGAUCUGAAUAUUAUGAAACGCAUCGUGAUAUCGACUCGCUACAAACGAACGCAUUCGCAGAUCGAGAAAAUCAAGACAAUGCGCUGAAAGUCCACACCGCCGACAGGUAUCCGGUCACGCCGAAGGCGAGCGGAACGGCGCUGAAGAAAGUGAUUUCAUUCCAAGCGCUGCAUGACGCGAAGAAGCAGGAAGAGCUCGGCGCACAAAACGAUACGACCGAGGACGUCUGGGGGACACCUUGCGGUGCAAUUCCUGUCCGCAGCUACAGCUGUUCGGCUGUCGGGCUGGGAGAUACGUUCAAAGCUUACGAUGCGUCGGUAGAGGAAACGGAAAAUGAUUCCGGAUCGGAUGAUGUGUUUUUCCCGGCAGCGGUAAAGGGACGCCCGAACAUACAAGAUGGCAAGGCCUUUCGCCAGGAGAGUCAGUACGAGUGUAAAGAAAAGUCGAUGGUAGCAACUGGCACCACCACCACCGGUGGUAGCAAACUGUGGUCGAUCGUUUCGAACGUGAUCCGCUUAGCGUCCCGCAGCGAUAUCCAGGAAGAACAUGCGUCGGUUGGAGCGAGAGCGAGCGAACCCACUACGCACGGCGGUGGUGGAUUAAUACAGCGGGCGGCAUCUUUCGCGGAUUACCUUAAGAAUCGAUACACCCGUUCGGAUGGUGGAAUCGCACGUACUUCAUCCUCCGGCUCGGACGAGUAUCGCCUAGCGCACGGGAAAAAGCGACGUCGUGUAGCGUCAACCUACUCGCGGUCGCACGUUCCGACGGCGAUUGCGGCUUCAGCAGUGCAAGCGGGCGGCUGCUUGAAGCCCCACCACAGUCCGGUCGCGAAACGGAAACGCAUUCAGAGCCGGCAACCAAUUCAUCGGUUGCGCCAUACGAGUAGUGAGAGCGGGGGCAGUGGGAAUGCUGCUAAUGGACGAUAUGACUAGCGAGGUAGCUGCAGACCUUGUUCGUUGAUUGUAUUUCUACGGUGUUUAUUAGGUAUAGGGAAGAUUGUAACAUUUGUGCCAUUAGAUGGAACACGGACGAAGAAAAAAAUAUAAUUUUUUGAAGUACUUUAAACCA